GGCACUCGCCCUACUUGGUCUCGCUUAGCCACUUUUUAGCAACCGUCUUUUUAAAGACACGUUAAGCUUUAAAAAAAAUCAUGAAUGGGGUAUUAUGGCUGUAUUUUAUGACGUAGAAUAAAGCGGUUAAAGUAUCUUGAGUUUCUGUAAACGACACUUUUUUUAGACAUUCAUCAAAAACCCAUUUGUGGCAAUGACACUGGAGAUGCUAGCAAAAAAAUGCUAACACAUUUCCGGGUUUUCGGACUUAAACUCAGAACUUUGUUCCAGUCCUUUGUUCCAUUUACAUUUCAUCUUCGUAAUAUUGAAGCACUAUGAUUGUUGGGUGCCUUGUUAUCUACCUGUUUGCAGUGUUGCUUAACAAAGUGUCUAUGGAGGUCUCAGUUACAGGCCAUAUUGGAGAGAAUGCUGUCUUAGAUUGUUCUUACAAAGCAGAUAAAAAUAAAGUACACGUAGUGAAUUGGAUGUACAAUCACACCCACACUGUGUAUGAGUUUAGUCCAGGCAGUUCACAAAGUAAACCAGACAAUGAAAAGUUUGAAUCUUUUCCUAAGGAGUAUGCAGAUGGAAUAUACUCUAUCAAAAUCAAGAAACUUAAACAAACUGAUCAAGGCAUGUACACCUGCAUAAUCACACCAGCAGAUUAUUAUACGAACAUACAGCUCAUCGUUGAACCUAAAUCUCCUCAUCAAAGCUUCAAAGAUACAACAGAAACAAACAUUGAAGAAGGAAAUAAAAAAACACAAAAACCAUUGGAGCAUGUUACAACAGUAUGUGUUGUUGUUGCUGUUUUACUUUUUGUUGUGAUUCUGCUCAUUGUGUGCAUAAAAAAAGGAUAUGUAGUUCACACUAGAAAAAUGUAUGCAUCCUGUUGCCUUAGAUCAGAUUACUAAAACAAAUUGAAUCUCUAACUUUAACACUGUGUCUACACCAGACGCGGCACGACAAUCCCAUUAGAACAAGCCGUGUGUCGUGUUGCUCCACGCCGGUCGCGUCCGGUGUAGACACGGUGUAAGCAAUUGAUGUCAGAGUUUUUCACAGAAUUAACUUAACUUUUCUAAGCUGUGAUGAGUUAACCAACUGCUUUGGAUCAGUUAUCCUCAGGUCCAGAUAGUUUUCACUGUGGUAGUUCAUUAAAGCAAUAAGCCCCUAGAAGCAGUUGGUUACAGUGCAUUUUAUAACAGCUAAGGGUGUUGUGGCACGACGUGAAGCUGAGUGCUUCGCGGGGCUUAUUACUUUUAUAAAACGAUUAUUCCAUAUGCGUAGCAAGGUUUCAUAAAAUAAAGUAAAUAAAAUGAUAUUUAGGCUAUGUUAUGCGGUCAGCUGUUAUAAAUUGGGGUAUUUUAUAACGGCUUAGAACUCGGCUCAGCCAAUCAGAAUCAAGGACCAGAACUGACCAUUUUAUAAACUGUAUUAGGGAUGAGCAAACUGUGGCCCGACUAGCACUUUCUACCGGCCCGCAAGGUAAAAAUAUCAUUCUAAAUCUAUGUAUUAAAAGUCGUAGAGGAUUUUGGUUUGAAAUGACUAAAUUGAUGCAAUACAACCCAGAGCUUAUAUAUGGUCUGUAGUACUGUAUAUUCCAUAUAUUCAGUUUACUGCUGCCUGACAAGAAUUAAUCAAAUGAGCACGGCAAAAAGAAGAGUGAUGCUCAAAGUGAUGCGAUUAACAACGAAUGAACAGCAAAAUUCUUCAGCAGUAUAGAACAGUAUCGUUUUUUUUAAAGACUGCUUUCAUCAUUUUGUUUUCAAUAGCCUACAUUUUCAUUGUGAUGGAUGUAAUAAUAAUUAUCUAGCAAUCCAUUUGACAUGAUUUGAUAAUGGUAUUCAUGGCUCACAAUGGAAAUGAAACAAGAAAUGUUUCAAGUUUUUUUCAGACUGUAUAUUGCAUCUGUUUUCCUAAUUGUAUGUAUAUUUAGUGAUAUGUGCAAGAGUAGAGAUAUGGGAAAUUGUGUAUUUAAGG